AGCGCAUGUGCACAAAUGUCUUAUGAGGCGUGGAGUUAGUGUUGUUAACUUCGGAGUUACAUUAAAUAACAAUUUCUAGAUUUAAUUUUUAGUGAAAAUUUAUUGCAAAGUCUUUGAAGUUAGAUUGAGGCUAUCAAAAUACCAUUCACUUCUCAAGAGAAAAUCUUGUAAAGGGUUUUAGGUCAAGAUGAGCUUUUUUUCAAGAAUAUUUGGAGGCGGCAAAUCAGACCAGAAAACUCCAACUCCUGCUGAAGCAGUACAGAAAUUAAGAGAAGUUGAAGAGAUGCUAAUAAAAAAACAGGAUUAUUUGGAGAAGAAAGUGGAACAAGAACUUAAUAUAGCAAAAAAAAAUGGAACAAAAAAUAAGAGAGUUGCUCUUCAAGCUCUGAAAAGGAAGAAAAGGUUUGAGAAACAGUUACAGCAGAUUGAUGGAACUCUGACUACAAUAGAGUUCCAAAGAGAAGCCCUUGAAAAUGCAAGCACUAAUACUGAAGUUUUAAAAAUAAUGGGACAUGCAGCAAAAGCUCUGAAAGGUGCUCAUGAAGAUAUGGAUGUAGACAAAGUUCAUGACCUUAUGGAUGAAGUUCAGGAACAACAAGAAAUUGCAAAUGAGAUAUCUGAAGCUAUUUCUAAUCCUGUAGGAUUUGGCCAUGAUAUUGAUGAGGAUGAAUUGUCUAAAGAAUUAGAAGAACUGGAACAAGAAGAAUUAGAUAAACAGUUGUUAGAUGUAGGACCUGAAACUGAGAACCUACCUAGCCCGCCACAAACUGAACCUAGUACAUCAAGGAAAGCCAAAAUUCAAGAAGAUGAAGAUGAAGAUAUAAAAGAACUUGCAGCCUGGGCAUCUUGAAUUGUUUUACAACAUAUACAGAAAUAGGUCAACUAAACCAGUCUCAAAGUUCAGAUGUGAAACAUUGCUACAAAAUUGGAUAUAUCAUUGAUGUUGAUUCCGCUGAAGCUUGUUUGUACUAUUUUUUAUAUGUAUUUGGACUCUACUCCAAUUAAAAAAAAGUUCAUUGAAA